AUGGAAGGCCAUGAAGAUGCGAGGUGCAGCAGCAACGGCAGCAACAGCAACAGCUGCAGCAGCAAAGGGCAGAGGCAAUGCAGCAGCAUCCCAGCUCCGCUUGCGGGUCUGCUAGCGCAGCAAUGCGGCAGCAGUGAGCUGCAGCAGCUGCUGCAGCAGCAGCUGCAGCAGCAGGAGAAGCUGCCUCGUUACUUUUGCUGCUUCUACCCUCCCCCUGCCUUCAAUCGAAGGGGCUUGGCUUCUCUGGCGCAGCAGCAGGCUGUUAUCACCUGCACUUGCAGCAGCAGCAGCAGCAGCAGCAGCAGCAGCGAAGAACAAUGUGCUGCAUGCAUGUUGAGGUAUAUUGAGAGUCUUCGCCCCAGCAGCUUCCGCUCUCGCUUCUCUCAGGCAGCCUGUCCGCUGCACCUGAAGGAUCCUGCUGCUGCUGCUGCUGCUGCUGCUGCUGCUGCUGCUGCUGAUUGCUCUGGGGUAGCGGCUGCUGCGGCGUAUGCGAAGAUAUACGGGGAAUACUUGCAGCGGGUGCUGCUGCUGCUACAGAAAGACAUGCAGCUGCAGCAGCCUCCUCUGCUGCAGCAGUGGCUGCCGAGCAGCUUACUAGGAGCUGCAGCGCAACACCUGACCAGCAGCAGCAGCAGCAGCAGCAACAGCAGCAGCAGCAGCAGCAGUUAUUGCUGCAGCUGCUGGGUGGAGUCUCCUUGUUAUUUUCCUGCUGUUUUUUCUUUACCUGCUGAUUCUCGCUUCCCUGGGUCUCAGGUGUAUAGGCAGCAGCUGCUACAUCCAUUUGAUGCUGCUUCUGCUGCUGCUGCUGCUGCGCUGCGGCCGAAGCCUGGAAACAAAUGUCUCGACUUGUGCUGCGCCCCCGGCAACAAGUUGCUGCUGCUUGCUGCUGCUGUUUCUCCAGACUCCGCAGCAGCAGCAGCAGCAGCAGCAACAACAGCAACACCAGCAGCAGCAACAGCAGCAGCAGCAGCAGCAGCAGCAGCAGCAGAAGGGGCAGUGGUUGGUGUUGAUAUAAGUGCAAAGCGAAUGGAAGUGUGCAGGCGUCUUCUUAGAAAAAAUGCGUGCAGCAGCGGCCUCCUUGUCCUCUGUGAUGCUCGCAACUUCGGCAGCAGCACUUGCUGCCUCUGCAGCAGCAGCAGCAGCAGCAGCAGCGGCAGCGGCAGCAGCAGCAGCAGCAGCAGUUGCAGUGGCCAGAACAAUGACGGCAGCAGCAAAGGUUCGCAGUCUGCCGAUACAGCCUCUGCAGGGGCAGCAGCAACUGCAGCAGCAACUGCAGCAGCAACUGCAGCAGCAACUGCAGCAGCAACUGCAGCAGCAGCAACUGCACAAGCAAAUAAACGAAUGAAGAAAGGGAGGCUGUCAAGAAAGAAAGAGAGGAGGCGACAAGAGGCUCAUGAAGUCCCCCUCAUCUCUUUCUUAGAGCAUUUCAACAGCAGCAGCAGCAGCAGCAGCAGCAACAGCAGCAGCAGCAACAGCAACACCAGCAACAGCCCCAGCAACAGCAACAACAGCAGCAGCAGCGACAGCACCAUCAUGGGCAACCAUAUCAUCAGCAACGGCACCAGCAGCAGCACCAGCAGCAACAGCAGCAACACCAGCAGCAGCAGCAGCAACAGCAACAGCAGCAGCAGCAGCAGAUCAGCCGCAGCAGCUGCAGAAUAUGAUCGAGUGCUGCUAGAUGUACAGUGUACGCACGAUGCAAGCACAAGACACCUCGGGCGCUUCCGACAAGCCAUCCAGCAGCAGCAGCAGCAGCAGCAGGAGCAGCAGCAACAGCAGCAGCAGCAACAGCUGCAGCAGGAACUUCUGCAGGAACGACAGCAGCAGCAACAGCAGCAGCAUCAGCAGCAGCAGCAGGAAGCGUCGGUUGGAGUAUCCUCUGAAGAGACUGCAGCGCAUGCAGCUGAGGAGCUGCAGCAGCUGCAGCAGCUGCAGCAGCAGCUGCUGCAGCGUGCAUACGAGUUAGUUGCUCCUGGGGGUCUUUUGGUGUACAGCAGCUGCAGCAACGACCCGCAGCAGAACGAAGGCAUUGUGCUGCAGCUGCUGCAGCAGCAGCAGGGGGCCCUGCUCUACCCUCUCCCUUGCAGGGGUCUCCUUUAUACAAACACAAACGCAGCAGCAGGGGCCCCCAAUGGGGUUAUACAAAGGGGUUCAAACGAAUUACCAAAUGGAGUGGCUCAGAUAGCGGGGCCCCCAGGGGCCCCUAGCAGGGGGCCCCCAGGGGCCCCUAGUAGUGGGCCCCCAGGGGCCCCUAGUAGUGGGCCCCCAGGGGCCCCUUGUUGGGGCCCCCAAGAGGCCCAUAGUAAGGGGGCCCCAGGGGCCCAUAGUAAGGGGGCCCCAGAGGCCCAUAGUGGGGGGCCCCCAGGGGAACCUAGUUGGGGGCCCCCCUUAACCUUGACAGAUGAUAUCAGUAAGGGGCCCUUAGGGCCCCCUUGCGCAGCAGCAACAUUGGCGAAGGGUACAGGGAAAGGGGAGGCUACAGGGGCCCCCAAUAGGGGGGCCCCCAAGGAAGGAGGGGCCCCCAAAGGGGGCGGUUUCAAUGAGGUGGGGGCCCCCAGUAAGGGGGGCCCCCAGCCUGUAUGCCCCGUUAUAGGGGGCCCCUGUCGAGGGUUCGUUGAUGCGUUUGAGUUCCUAGAAAACCAUGCUGUCUGGCCGGCGAGGCCCUCAGCAUUAGAAAGCAUGCACGACCUGCCUAGACACCCCAGCUGCUGGAGCAGCAGCAACAGCAGCAGCAGCAGCAGCAGCUGCAGUAUAGGGCUGCCCAGAGCCAGCAGCUGCAGGUUCCCUGCUGAGGAGGGGCAAACAAGCGGCAUUUUUAUUUGUUGUAUAGCGAAGCCUCUAAACCCUAAACCCUAA